AUGAGCGAACGGUUGUGCCAGAUACUAAGUCUAAAGCGGCGUGCAAUCAACGUACCUAUCAGCGGAAUUGGGCAAGUGGAAGCGCGAGCAAGGUUCAAGGUAAACGCGACAGUCAGUUCGAGAGUUUACGAUUUUUCAAUUGGCAUGGAUUUCCUAGUGCUGCAGAGGGUUAUAUCCGAACUCCCAUCGGCUAACUUGCCUGUGGCACAUUGGAAGAUACCGAAGGAUAUUCAAUUGGCUGAUCCGAACUUCAAUAGCAGCAAUCAGGUGGAUCUACUUAUCGGAGCGGAGCAUUUUUAUCGUUUCCUGUUCGAGCGGGAAAUAAAGCGAAUGAAGUUGGGUCCCGGUCUGCCAAUGUUGAUAAACUCAGUAUUCAGCGUGGAAAAGAAACCCCUUUGGUCGAGGGAGGAGCAGGAUUUCGAACGUCACUUCGUGAAAACUUUUAGUCGUACAGAGGACGGUCGGUACGUUGUACGUUUGCCAAAACAUGUAAACUUCGAGCAGAUGUUGGGUAAUUCACGUGAAAUGUCAUUAUCGCGAUUCAGGAAGCAGGAAAGUCAGUUGGAGCGAAAGCCGGACAUGCGCUUGCAGUACAAUGCCUUUAUGCAAGAGUAUUUGGACCUUGAACACAUGAAGGAGAUAAGUGAAGAUGUGAUCCAGAAGGAAGUGUCGUCGGAAAGCACGAAAAAGGAAUAUUACCUGCCACAUCGCGCUGUGCUGAAGGAAUCCAGCACUACAACGAAGGUACGCAUAGUAUUCGAUGGUUCAGCCUGUACCGACACUGGUUAUUCUUUGAACGAUGCGCUACUGAAAGGUCCAAUCAUUCAGGAUGAACUCCCAAGUCUGCUGAUACGUUCUGUAAGCAUGAAGUUGCACUAG